AUGAAACAAACAGUCAUCAUUACUGGCGCAAACGGCGGUCUCGGAUCAGCCAUGGCCAAAGAGUUUUCACGCUCCAAGGAUGGCAAUCUGGAUUACCAUUGUGUAUACACGGUCCGCCAGGAAGCCAACUCUCCUAACCUGGCAAACGCCCUCAAGGAUGCCAAGGGAAGGCAUACGUACGAUGUAGCCAGCCUUGAUCUCUCAUCUCUGGCUGCCGUUCGUCAGUUUUCUCAGAGUAUCAACGCAAAAAUUGCAGCCGGGGAGCUUGGCCCUAUUCGCGCCCUCAUCCUCAACGCUGGAUACCAGGAGCACACCAGCCAACACUUUUCCGAUGAUGGAUUUGCCAUGUCUUUUCAGUGCAACUACUUGUCGCAUUGGCUACUUACCUUGACGCUGCUGCAAAAUCUGGAUCCUGAUCACGGACGGGUCGUCGUCGUGGGAAGCUGGUCGCAUGACGCCUGGGACAAGAGAAACGAUAUCAUGAAGGCAUUUGACGAUCCGAAAUGGAAGAUGCUCUUUGUCGACACGGAUUGCGUGGCGAAAGGCACUUGGAGUCCUCCGACGGAUGAUGGUGCUAUGCAAGCCGGCUUUCGACGCUAUGGUGCUUCCAAGCUCUGUCAGAUCAUGAUGAUAUACGAGCUUCAAGAGCGUCUCGAUGCUGAUUCUCGACUGAACAAAGUUGCCGUCGUCGGCGUUGAUCCCGGCGGCAUGGCGACAGAUUUGACUCGCCGUGGCAGUUGGGCCAUGGUUUUCAUGGUGCAGUGGCUGUUUCCCAUCAUCUCGGGUAUUUUGACGUAUCUCUCCCCCAACGGAACAUUGCGUCUGACGUCCAAGUCGGCCCGCGACGUCUUGCGAGCCGCUUUCGAUACGAAAGAAUUCGGCGACAGUCCCAAGGCCGUCUACAUGAAUGGCUCUGAGAAAGGGUCAACUAGUGCCGAGUCCAAGGAUCCGGAGAAGCGAGCCAUGCUCUGGAGAGGUAGCAUCCGCUACGUCGGGCUGACAGGUGCCGAUACAAGUCUGGAGAAAUGGAACUGA